AUGAAUUCAUUGCCAUGUCUUUUUAUAUUUUCAAUACUUAUAUCUAUUUCAAAGUGUUAUGUAACUUGGGACAAUGAAAAUCGGUUACAUCCAGUGCACGGAUUGUAUGUGAAACCUUCAAAUGACGGUACCACAGGAGAUCUUUAUGUAGCUGCAACGGAAAAUGACGGAGUUCAAUCACAAUGGCUAACAGAUCAACCUGUAAACUUUUUAACAGCAGCUUCACAAGUUAAAUCAAAAUCGGUCCCGGUAUCUUUUACCUCACGGCUGACUAAAACGAGUUCACCUAAUGAAGAAACUAUUGUUUCCAAAAAGCGAACAGUUAUCAAGAGUCCAACUGUGAAGUAUGCAUACGCUGUCCCUGGAACAGAAGCAAUGGUCCCUUACCCAUAUCCAUUGAGAACGAAACAGUCAGAAGAAUUUUCACCUUGCUCUAACAGCUUUCCGGUAAAUCCUUAUUCCCCCUACAACUAUUUCUACCCAUAUAUGAUGUCCGCACUUACAAACGCAAUGAAGACAAUGAAAGAAAAUGAAGGUAGCGAAGAAACCCAGAAUAUGAUACCGCAAAACCCACCACCAUAUUGGCCACAUCCGUAUACAUAUCCCUAUCAAUACGUUAUGGUAGACCCAAGUGCUUGGUCGCAACCCCAAACCGAUGUUUCACCAACACCAACAACAACUACAUCGAGCGCAGAAAAUGCAUAACAUUUAAAGAGUAAAAUUGUACCUUGCGAAAAAAUUGCCGCUGCUGCUUCUAUUAUUUAUUAAAAUUUCAUAAUUUGAAACGCUCGCCUGAUAAUGUAUGUAAAAGCUUGAUAAUGAAAAGUUUUCAAUUACUUAGAGGGUUAGAUAGAAUAAUUUAAUUUAAAUAAUAAGAGCUUAAUAAACGAAUA